UUUUUGAUGUAAGUUUUUUGUAAUUUGACGUAAAUAUGUAUGCAUUUGGUGUUUUUCAGUCCUGAAGAUGCCUUCAGAUUGAAGGCGAAAUAUCGACAGCAAUAAAUGUAAUGAAUAAAACUACCAAAAUUAUAAUAAAACGGCCAAAUCGAAAAACUAAUAUCAGCUUAUGAUAUAUUGGCGAUCCUGCCAGGAGCAAUUGAAUUGUUAAAAGUUAAAGGAUGUGUAAUUGUGAAACGGCAUCUAUCGAUUUUAGGUACUAAAGUGGAGGGACGAAUGAAAAAGAAAUUUCGUUGAAGAUGACAAGCUCAUCGCAAUAAAUCCCCGAGAAAUUUGCAUGCCACCAGCGCUAAGCUAAAUAACAAGCACGUGUAGUAUGUAGCAACAUCAAUGGCUAUAAAGUAAGAAAUUAACGAAAGCAAAAUCAAAUCAGUAAAGGGGCACUGUGUGCCAGUCACCGGUCAGCAGUCAUCACCACGACACAACAACAACAGUCAGGCCUACAGCUACUACAACAACAACGAAAGAAGUUAUGUUUAGUCUUGCUGUCGCAGUUUAUUUCAAAAUGCAAAGAUCACCAAUACGUACACGCAACUUCACAACAACAACAGAAAAUCAACAUGAAAAUCCAAUACACACAUCAGAUAUAAACAUUUCACAAAAUAUACAAUCUAAUAACUUUCCAAAUGAAAAUAACUUAAGUGCGAAUUUAUCAAAAUCUGUUAAAUUGCCUUCCUUUUUUGAAGAUUGUCCUGAAGCAUGGUUUCUCCUUGUGGAAGUUAACAAUAUACGUGAUGAUAAUAUCAAAUUUCAAAAUAUUCCAGUUUUUCUUCAAAAAGAAUAAAUUUCUAAAAUUAUUGAUGUUAUUAAUCCGCCUCCUUUGAUUAACAAAUAUGAAGCAAUUAAGAAAGUUUUAUGUGAAAGAUUUUCUCUUAGCGAAGAGAAGAGAUUAGAACAAUUAUUUUCAAAUACUGAACUAGGUGGUUGUUCACCAUCAGAACUUUAUAGACAUAUGAAAUCCUUAGCAGGUUCCAAAUCAAUUCUUAGUAAAGAACUUUUAUUUAAAUUAUGGAGUAGGAAGUUACCGCAACAAAUACAAAUUCAUAUAACUUCUUGUAGUAAUC